AGACGGUCAGGAACGGUCGGGAAGGAACCCGUCAGGAAGCAGCCGCAGUCGCUACGAAUGUGAUCACAGUGGUUAAGUGCGUUGAAUGGGGUAGACGUAAGGUCUGUGAUAUCUCGAAGUGGUGGUGUUUUAAACUAAUACAAGUAUUGUUGUUCCUUGUAUUGUAGGCAUACAGACUGGAUAGCUAUGCGUUGUUUAACAGUGGCUUAAAAUUUUAACAAUUUACAGGUUUAUGAACUUAAAGAUUAUUUUUAAAUGCCGGUAUUGCAACAGGUGUGUGUGCCGAUGCCCGACCCAGAUCAGGUGCCCAUGUCUGGGCGCCCAGACCCUAACAGUGUGGAAAUUCUCCAACACAUCAACGCGAUGCUCGACAAUCCCUUGGACCUCAACGAGGGCCUCCCACGAGGGCCCUCUGGUGACGGGGAGCCAGUAAUGUCCAUCUCAGAGCUUCUAGGUCUGAACCUCCCACGAGGCCCAUUGUUAGGCAACACGAGCCCCUUGGGAGGUAGCAAUCAUUAUGGAUCGCCCACGUCAAGCCCCAGUAAUCCAUUUCAUCGCAGUUAUCAGCAAUACGAGGAGCCAAGACAGGAAAUGUCAAUGCCCAUGAGAGUGUUACAACGUAACAUGGACUCUCCUCUUCACCACUCAUCAUCAUCACCUUGCUACCCGAGAACAUUUCGUGGUUCCCCACCUUACAGUGACUGCAGCAGCCCAACAUUGGAGCAGGCUCUGCUAUUGAAAUGUGCUACUGGGGGCUCCCGUUCCAAUUCACCUGCCGACUCUGAAACAAGCGGUGUGAGCAGUAUUGACGGCAACAUCUCUGACCUCAUGAAUUGCCUAAGCUUGACACAACCUACUAGUCCACUUGCAGGUUUACAGCUGGGGAGUCCUGAGCAAGAGAUUGUGAACAGACAUGCACUCCAGCAAGCCAUGAGACCAGUGCAGCAGUCCACACUGCGCUACUUGCAACAACAGCAGCAGCAACAACAACAGUCUCUGCAAGCUACACUCUCAUCACUGCUGCAGUACCCAUUACAUCCCAGCACAUCGACACUGGGCCUAGAGAAACCUUGGGUCUUCCCUACAAGUCCCACAAACCAAGACAAACCAUGGUUACCACUGUCUCCUUCAGCUGGACUGCCUUCUCCAAUACCCAACACAAACUCUCUGGAGAGAGCAGCACAGUUCCACAGGAAUGCAGCAUCUCUGUAUGAAGCUACAUGUUCAUGGAGUGGAAAUUUGCCCCCUCGGACACAGAAGAAUGUAUCUUACUCCUGCAAGAUAUUCUUAGGUGGUGUUCCAUGGGAUAUCACUGAGUCAAUGCUCAUUGCAGCAUUCAGAAAGUUUGGCGUGAUUAGAGUAGAAUGGCCCGGGAAGGACCAAGCAGCCUCUCAACCCAAAGGUUAUGUUUAUAUAAUCUUUGAAUCAGAGAAACAGGUGAAGGCGCUUCUUCAGUCUUGCACACAUGACGUCACUAGUGGUGGCAACUGGUAUUACAGAAUCUCUUCAAGGAAGAUGAAGUCUAAAGAGGUGCAAGUGAUCCCCUGGGUCCUUAGUGACAGUAACUACAUCAAAUCCUCGUCACAGAAGUUGGAUGCUAAGAAGACUGUGUUUGUUGGUGCAUUGCAUGGAAUGCUAAAUGCAGAGGGACUUGCCAAGAUCAUGAAUGAUUUGUUUGAUGGUGUUCUAUAUGCUGGCAUUGAUACAGACAAGCACAAGUAUCCGAUUGGAUCAGGCCGUGUCACAUUCAAUAACCCACGGAGCUACAUGCGUGCCGUAGCUGCAGCCUUUAUUGAGAUUAAGACUAGCAAGUUCACAAAGAAGGUUCAAGUGGACCCAUACCUUGAAGAUUCUCUGUGUUCAUCCUGCAACCUGCAGCAGGGACCUUACUUCUGUCGUGAGAUGGUCUGUUUCCGCUACUUCUGUCGUAAAUGCUGGCAAUGGCAGCAUGCCUUGGAUUCCAUGCAGGCACACAAACCUUUGAUGCGCAAUUCAAAGUCAUCUAUAACAAUGCAUGGCUUCAGUUCCAGCCCCAGCGUCAGAGUUUGCAAUAACUGAGCAAAGAGUGUGUUGUGAUGGAGGGCAGAAAUAAUUUUAUCAAAGAAUUUCUAUUAAUGCUUUAAUACCCUAGUCUUUGAUAAAAGUAUGGUUGGUGGAUACAGGCAGUAUCCUUGUUGUCAUAACAGAGAUCUUCUCAUAUUUGUUAAUAUUAUUUAAUUAUUAUUAGAUUCUUACUUACACAUCUCAUAAGAUGAGAGAGAAUAUAAGACUUGAAAUAAUUUCCAUUAUUGCGAGAUGUUUAUAAAAGUUCCUACUGUGGGCAAAGCAGUUUAGUCCAUUUUUUUCUUUUUGUUAAUUCAGUAGACAGGUAUCUGAAGUGUCAGUGUUACGGUGUAAUUGUUCAGGUAUUGUUUUGAAGUGUAAUCUGCUGCUCAGUAUUAUUUAUCCAAUUAUGGCAGGUCACUUCCUUUAUCAUCUGGUAGUCAACAAUGAAGGAAUAAUGGCUACUGUAAGAGAAUCUGAAAUCAUUUUAAUAUAAUUCAGUGUAAGAAUCAUCAUGAUGGUCUGCUGUGUACUCAGUUACCUUUUUUGUUUUUCAGCAUUUAUAUUUAUUUCCAUUGAAAUGUUUUAUACUGACUUUGUUCAGUGACCAGUGUGGUUUCUAAUUAGAAGUUUUUAUUAAGAUUAUUUUGUUCAUUACGUUAUACAAAAGAGUUGGGUUGAGUAUACACAUCCAUGUACACGGUUUACUCAUAUGACAAUAUGGACAUGAAGACGGUCUUACGAUUCUUGGCAAUGCAUUCUGUGUGAUAUAAAUGUUUUAUGGAACAAUUUUUAUUUAGUUAACUUGUGUGCGUGAGAGUGUACGUGUGUACAUUUGUUUGUCCAACUUAAUUUUGUACCUUGAUUUCUUUUGAUACUGGUUAUAACUGCAUUAAAAUUAUAUUUCUGUUGCA